AUGGGCGUCUUCGACUCGGUCGGGACACUGCUGGCAGACAUUGCGAAUCUCAUCACCGACGGCCAGCGAAUCCUCAGCUUUUCCGACAAGCGCCAUUGGGGGCAGGACGAGCGCGAGCAGGAGCGUGCGCUGGACGCUGUGCUGGACGAGGCCCGGAAGGACUUUCAAGAGCUCGGGCCGCUGGUCAACGGGCGCUCGCAAUACGAGCACGACCGCAGACAUGAUUCAAUAGAGGAGUUGCGCGCGAUUCGGGCCAAGUUCCAGGCAUUGACGGAGAAGCUGAAAGACUGGAGCCGAUCCGGCGGUCCCAUCGAUCCCACCUGGGUGCGCGAGACACAGUCGCUCAAGCGGGAGCUGCAUCGGGCUCAGUGCCGAGCGGCAAUGCGAGUGUUCACAUCAGCGCGGGAGGCAUCGCAGCUGUGUUUGGGGGCGUAUAUCGUGCAACGGCAGCAACGCGCCCCUCUCCGCAACUCGAGGACCGGAGACAAGCCCGACGAAGGCUCCUACCAGCGAUAUUAUGCGGAGGAGCUUCUGGCAUGCAAGAGCGUGGGGACCUUUCAGCGAUUUGGGGAACAAGACAUUGCCUUCGUCUGCGACUUUUGCGACGGGCAUCUGGUCUGGGAGGAUCUGGAGCGCAUGCCGACGGUGCGAACCUCUACCCAGGCAUCGCCGCCCGGCUCGUCAAACGCGCCGGUAUCGUUGCUGCCAAACGCCUCGAACUGGCAAGCAACGGGCGUGACUCACUGUGGCCAGCAUCAGAAACAAGUCAUCUUCGCUCCCGUGGCGAUUGCGAACCAUAUUGUACCAAGACAUGGAGAUUGGGAGGCUAGGCUGCGAUGUCCACUCUGCGAGGCGAUUGGGGAACAGCCGCAGGACGAAGACGACGACGAGGAAGCAUAUCGCCCGGACGAGGAGUUUGACGACGUCAAAUCGUUGCAAGAGCAUCUCGAGUGGCAGCAUGGACCAUCCAAGUUGCCGAUUCCAUUACCGACUUCAGCGGCGACAGAGAGUAAUUGCCGAAUCAUGUGA